GCUCCGCUCCCUCCAAAAUUGCGCAUACAUUGGCAACAUUGUUUUUUGGUAGUUUACAAAUAAAAUGGCCGAUUGUGAGGCUAGUUUGGUACGGACGAUAAAAUAUGCAAUUAUGUAAAAUUAAUGACCAUCGGGCGUGCGUGCGUGUUGGUAAUAACCGAGCAACGUGAGCGGGAAACGCGGAAAAAGUGCGCGGGGCGCGAGCGAGAGUGUGGGAGUGUCGCGGGAGGAAGGUGGAGGUUGUCUUCCGAGGACCCAGUGGACGCCGCGGCAGCGAGGGACGAGUGUAACGAGCGUGGUCGUUGCCUCGCGAUCUCCAACACACUGAAGUGGGCCGUCAGUCUGAGCGCGGUGUGCUUUUUUCUAUUGGCGCAGGCACCGGCGCGGCAACAAUACGAAAGGCCGAGUCUCGGGAUCCACGGAAACACGGAGCUGUCGUUCCUGCUCCGAUAUUACGGCGAUGCUCCGAUCGCCCCGUCACGCAUAAGGAGCCCUCCUUCAGGACGCGUCAUCUCCCGGGGCCCGCGUCGCGAUCCCAAGAUCGUCGAGAGCGCCUCGGGAGCACGCUCGAUCACUCUGGUCCGAUGAUAAGUUCGCGGUAUUAACCACCUUGCAGGCCUCCCUGUAGAUCUAUGUUGGCCGAAUAGCCGGGGACGCGAGGAGUUGGCGGGUUGUAAUUGUUGAGUCUCCACUUUACGGCCCGGUCUCUGACAGAUAUGACAGCUGUAUUUGACACUCGAGAUACUGGACACUGAUACCCGAGAUACUGGAGUGUAACGGUGGAAAGGGUCGGCGCGGAAGAUGCAUUGGUAGAAACGGAGGAGGUGCCGGCAACCAGUACCGCGUCGAACCAGACUAACCCAUCCAUUACAACACUGACGAAUAUGUGUACUACUCCUGGCAAUGCGGGUGCAGGAUUCGGUGGGUACUCUUGGUCUUUUAGCGGGCCAGGGACCGAGACCCGGGAGAAUGCCCAGAGCGAACUCGCGACGAACAUCAGUUAUGCCGUCAACAACAAUCAGGAUCAAGGAUCCAGUCAGAAGAUACAGGUUGACAUCAAGCCGGCGAAGGUCGCAGCCACCACUCACCGUCGUCCAAUGUUUGCGAUGAACGAAGGUUGCCAGCAAACACCCACUACGCAUCAUGGCCAUACAGCGGGAGCGCAUAAUCAAACAACUCAUGGUACUCAUGUUCGCACUAAAAAGCAUCACGACGUAUUUUCAUUAACGUGUGACAAAGGCGGUUGCAAUUGCGACGCGGCACAUCCCACACCUCCACCCUCCCUGUUCUCAAACACCUUAGUUUUUACAACAGCCGAUAAGCAUGCCAUGAGCAAGCACUUCAUGACACCACUUGGACCAAUACAGCUUACGGCGGAAGAGUGCAAUGAAAUUUUAAUGAAGAGAGCAGCCGCUGCGUCUAAUCAAGCCAGCACGGCGAACAAUGUGGCGACGAGUCAGACGGACAGUACCGCCCAUUUCGGGCACGUUCUGACCCAUGUGAAUACGACGCAGAUCGAGACCAAGGUCAAACAGCAGCAGGAUAUGGGGAGUCAGGUCCGGGUGCCCAAGGAACGACCCUACUCCUGCUCCGAAUGCGGGAAGUCCUUUCUAUUGAAGCAUCAUCUUACGACGCACGCGAGGGUGCACACCGGGGAACGGCCACACAUUUGCGUUCAUUGCGGCAAGAGUUUUGCGCACAAACAUUGUCUUCAUACGCAUCUGCUACUGCACAGCGCCGAGAGACCGUAUCAAUGUCGCGAAUGUAAAAAGUCCUUUACAUUGAAACACCAUCUUGUAACACACACUCGCGUACACACCCGGGAACGGCCGUUCGUUUGUCAGGAAUGCGGAAGGGCAUUCCCUCUAAAACGUCACCUGGUGACGCAUAGUAAGUUUCAUUCGGGGGAGAGACCUUACGUCUGCGAGGAGUGUGGGGAAUCAUUUUCCCAAAAGGAUCAUCUUACUAUGCAUUCACGCUUCCAUGGCAGUCUACAUCCGUUUGUUUGCCAUGAUUGUGGUGCAACUUUCCAGAGGAAGUUCGAGCUGGUUAAUCAUGGCCGGCUGCAUGGCAGAGUUCCACACUCGUGUUCCGCCUGUGGAAAGGAAUUUCUGCAGAAGAGAACACUUUUAGCUCACAUGCGCUUACAUACCGGUGAAACACCCUAUGCUUGCACUGUUUGCGGAGAAGCAUUUCCUCGAAAGGCAGAUCUGGUCGCUCACUCAAAGAUUCAUAAUAACAAUACAAAUGCCGAUGAGAAGUCUCUUACGUGCAGGGAGUGUGGACUAGAUUUCCCGAAUCGAGAAGCUCUAAAUUUACACCAAAGGUUACAUACUGGUGAUCGAACACUCGUAACGGACCUUUGUGGACUAGCGGCCGCCUUCCAGCAAACUCCGGCACAUUUUCUUACCCCAAACACUCCAACGACUCAUCAGAUGAACGGACCGAUAGGAACGCCUGGUGUUAGUCAUAUGCACGGCGCAACUCAAACGUCACCGCCAGUGGGAACAGGGCCGAAACCUAAACCACACAUUUGUCCUGAUUGUGGUCGCGGUUUUGCACAGAAGCACGGUUUGUCGCAGCACCAACGACGCCACACAGACGGCAGUUGUCACAUAAGAUCCCAUGUAUGUGACAAAUGCGGCAAAGCUUUCUUCCAAAAGAACCAUUUGUUACUACAUCAGCGUCAACAUAUGGAUCCGCCACCUAGUAUACUUAGACAGCAACAAAGGCAAGCCGCCCAAGCUGCUGCUCAGCAAGCACAGCAGCAACAACAGCAGCAACAAGCGCAACAACAGCAACAACAGGUCCAGCAGCAGCAACAAGUGCAACAGCAACAAGUGCAGCAGCAGCAACCGCAGCAGCAGCAAACAAUGACCGUCGAUACGAAAACGAUUCAACUGCAAGCAAUACAGCAACAAGUACAACAACAGGUACAGCAACAGGUGCAGCAGCAGCAGCAACAGCAGCAGCAGCAGCAACAACAGCAGCAGCAGCAGCAACAACAAACGCAGCAGCAGCAAGCAUGUUCCGUGGACGCUAAAGCAAUACAGUUGAAUGUCACCAUGUGAGACGGUAUAAAGACGAAGGACUGGAGAGUCCUUGAAACAAUAGCACUCCCAAAUGCGCACCCCGCUGCCACCCUCUGCACGCACUUCUCUUGUACUAACAAUAUACAUUAGAUAUAUAUUUAUUAUCUCUAGAUCCAAGUACGGAAUAAUCGAUUUUAUUACAAGAGUAUAUAAGAAUAUACAAAGUAUACAUACUAUAUUCUAAUUAAUAUAAGGCUUGUAACAAGAAAAUAAAAAU